AUGUCGGCAGAAUUGGAGAAACGAAUGAGCCCGCCAUCGGACGUGAAGGAGGCUCCGGUUGAGGGCACCAUUAUUGCAGAGGGAAAUGUCGAGGCCGGCGAUAACGAGCUGCUGGCCCAGCUGGGCUACAAGCAGGAAUUGAGACGUCAGUAUUCGACGAUCGAGAUCUUUGCCAUUGCUUUUAGCAUUAUGGCCCUGUUGCCAUCCAUCGCAUCGACUCUGUCGUUUUCGAUUCCGGCAGGACCCGUGGGCAUGGUUUGGGCCGAUCUCGCGAGUGCUAUGCCUACAGCUGGUGGUUUAUACUUCUGGACUCACUACUUUGCGAGUGAGAGGUGGCGUAAUCCGCUCAGUUUUAUAGUCGGGUACAGCAACACUCUGGGCCUGAUAGGUGGUCUUUGCUCGAUUGACUAUGGCUUCGCGCUGAUGCUACUCUCCCUCAUCUCGAUUGCUCGAGAUGGCGAAUGGUCCGCCUCGCGGCCUGUCAUCUAUGCGACCUAUCUCGGUUGUGUGGUGGUUCAUGCGAUUCUAGCAACGUUUUGUGGUCGCAUUAUGAACAAGAUCCAAUCCGUCUGUAUUUUCCUCAAUAUAGGACUCGUCGUCGCCACAGUCAUUGCUUUGCCUAUUGGGAACCAUAAAAAUGGUGUCCCUAUUAACUCUGGCUCCUACGUCUUUGGCGACGUGGAAAAUCUCACCACGUGGCCAACAGGAUGGACCUUCAUACUCGCCUGGCUGUCGCCUAUCUGGACCAUUGGUGCGUUCGAUUCGUGCGUUCACAUGAGCGAGGAGGCCACCCAUGCCAGUCGCGCUGUCCCAAUGGGUAUUAUACUAUCGUGCGGCCUCUGCGGUAUUUUAGGCUUCCUGUCGCUCGCUGUUAUGGUUGCUUGCAUGGACCAAAACCUGAACAACUUGCUCGGCAGCGCAUUCGGCCAGCCAAUGGCUCAAAUAUACUAUGACUCGCUCGGAAAGUCUGGUGCUCUGGGUUUCAUGGCAGUUGUAGCAAUCGUCCAAUUCUUCAUGGGACUGAGUAUUCUUAUCGCGGCAUCCCGCCAAACCUGGGCCUUUUCUCGUGACGGUGCUCUUCCAUUUUCAAAUUUCUUCAGACACGUCAGUAAACGAGUCCUUUAUCAGCCAGUUCGAACCAUCUGGGGUUCUGCCUUCGUAGCCAUCAUUAUCGGCCUAUUGACCCUCAUUGACCAAGCUGCCUCCAACGCCCUCUUCUCUCUCGCCGUCGCCGGCAAUGACCUUGCUUGGGGCGUCCCCAUUCUCUGCCGUUUAAUAUGGGGUGACAAGACAGGUCGUUUCCGUCCUGGCGUGUUCUAUACAGGCUUCCUGAGUAAGCCCAUUGCUAUUACGGCGGUUGCCUACUUGCUGUUUGCAAUUAUUUUGAGCAUGUUCCCAACUGGGGGACCCGAUCCGUCGGCCGAUGAAAUGAACUACACGAUCGUUAUCAAUGGAGCUCUCUGGCUUGGUGCUUGGUUGUAUUAUGUUCUUUUCGCCAGGAAAUGGUACACUGGCCCGAAGACGACUGUUGGAUAA